AUGACGUACAGAGAAGUCGUCUUUCUUUCACUUCUCGCAUGGGCAGCCAACGGUCGUGUUACGCUCACUACUAACGGCUAUGAAGGUCUGGUGAUCGCCAUCGGUGAGAAUGUAGCAGAAGAUUUCUCACUGAUAGAGCACAUCAAGAGUGUCAUGACCAAUGCAUCAUCCUACCUCUACACGGCUACAAAACGAAGAGCAUAUUUCAAGGAUGUGACAAUAUUGGUUCCAGAAACGUGGAGCGACAGAGCGAUAUACGAGCCCAGAACGAUCGAACGCUUUGAGUAUGCUGAAAUCAGAAUCGACGAGCCGGUCUUUCCUGGCUCUCAUACCGCCUACGUUCAAGUGUCGGCUCGCAAGUGUGGCAUGUCGGGCAUCUACAUGCACAUCACUCCAUUCAGACUGACGGAUGAGGAGGUAAGGUUGCUUGAAACCUUUUAUUUUCCGUAG